AUGGAAGAGGCGGCUUAUGCAGAGGUUGGCUUAAUCCAAUUCCAGAGGCUCAGCGCCUUGGUUGAUAUUGCUUCCACAAUCAAGUUUUCCAGGAAGCCCUGA